AUGGCGGAUAGACUUAUGAAGGCUGUUCAGUACGCUUCUUAUGGUGGCGGAGUUGGUGGUUUGAAGCAUGUUGAAGUUCCUAUUCCUUCUCCGAGUAAUGGUGAGAUCUUGCUCAAGUUGGAGGCAGCGAGUAUAAAUCCCGUCGAUUGGAAAAUACAGAAAGGCGUUAUUCGACCUUUCCUGCCUAAAAAGUUUCCUUAUAUUCCAACAACUGAUGUUGCAGGAGAGGUUGUGGAAGUUGGACAUGGAGUGAAAGAUUUCAAAGCAGGCGACAAAGUUGUGGCAUAUCUUGGUUUGGGUUCUGGUGGUGGGUUUGCGGAAUAUGCUGUUGCUAAGGAGAGCUUGACUGCUGCAAGGCCUCCUGAAGUAUCAGCUGCGGAUGGAGCAUCUCUUCCAGUUGCUGGGCUUACAGCCCAUCAAGCUCUAACCGAGGUUGCUGGUGUCAAUCUUGAUGGCAGUGGUCCACAGAAAAACAUUCUUGUUACUGCUGCUUCUGGAGGCGUGGGCCAUUAUGCUGUUCAAUUGGCUAAGCUGGGAAACACACAUGUGACCGCCACUUGUGGAGCUAGGAACAUCGAUUUCGUGAAAAGCUUGGGGGCAGAUGAGGUAAUUGAUUACAAGACGCCAGAAGGAGCGGCUCUAAAGAGUCCCUCUGGUAGAAAGUACGACGCAGUGAUUCAUUGUACAUCAAAUAUCCCCUGGUCGACUUUCGAACCCAAUUUGAGUUCAAAUGGUAAGGUCAUAGAUCUCACUCCACCACCAAGUACCUUUGUGUCAUAUGCUGUGAAGAAAUUGACGUUUUCGAAGAAGCUAUUGGUGCCUAUGUUCAUGAAUCCGAAACGUGAGAACCUUGAACUUCUUGUUAAAUUGGUGAAAGAAGGAAAGCUGAAAACUGUGAUCGAUUCGAAACAUCCUCUGAGCAAGGCAGAGGAUGCUUGGGCAAGGAGUAUUGAUGGCCAUGCAACUGGGAAGAUCAUUGUGGAGCCGUAG